AUGUAUCGAUCCGUUCAUCGUCUGGCGUCUGUCGUUCACCGCUCAACGAUACGAGGGGCGGCCCGGCAGCAGCAAUCGCCCGGCCGCUGGCUUUCCGCUCUGUUCUUGCGUAUUUCAAACAACUCUAUCGGCACUAAGACAGUGACUGUUGACACCGUUUCGAAUACGGUGGUCUUCCUCCUCGUCCCUGUGCAGUUGCUCACCGGGAAGCCGAACAGCCCUGUCCAAAGCCACAGGGAGGCCCCGGUUUCGACCACAGAUCAUCAGAGCAUAUAUAACCUUGGUUGCGCUGUGCCAGCCUCAACCGACGGAGUAUGCCCAGAUCGGGAUGCCUAUGGAAAUGCCUACGCAGCCACAUGCCGAGACAACCUCGAAUACGACGUUGAAAACGCUGUAGGCGACUGGGUCGACAAGGAAAUGGGAUGUCUUAAUCGUGGUGAUGACCAGCACCGCAAGCACCAUCCACCAGAGGUCAUGCGCAAGCUGGCCAUGAAACUGAUGACUGAUGAAGCUAAAGCGGCUUUCUGCGCUGUCUCCUUUAUCAGGAGGCGGUGCAACGCCCACCCCGUGCCGCGGAACAAGCGCCCGGCGUGUAACGCCGGCGAGUUCGUAGACGAGCGUCAGUCGUCACCUGGCCGAGAUGCAUAG